AUGAGUCAUUUACGUGCUCAACUCUCAAGUGUUAACACCAGCUGCCACCUUGUGCUCUCGGUGCCCGUACCCCUUCCUGCGCUGCGAUAUCAGUCGGCAGCUGCGAGUGUUGCAAAGAAACAGGACUUCUUCGCCAGCCUGGAUGAGACCCUAUUGGCCCGAGCAGAAGCAUUCGCUGCAGUUGACAUCGCCGUGUCCCAAGGCAAGAGCCAUCCCUUCAAGCCAGAUGCCACGUACCAUACUAUGAACAGCGUGCCAUGCUCCUCCAACACCACCGUGCCACUCGGACAUCACCAGCACCAUCAGGUGCUGGAGCCCGGGGACCUCCUGGAACACGUCACCUCCCCGUCCCUAGCAUUGAUGGCCAGUACCGGACAUGAAGGAGUCCGCGGCGGCGAAGGAGGUGGAGGGGCAGGAGUUGGUGGCGGAGGCUUGAUCUCUACCUCGGCAGAUCCGCACAGCCACAUGCACGGACUGAGCCACCUUUCCCACCAGGCAGCCAUGAACAUGACCUCUGCCCUUCAGCACCCUGGACUGUCACCCCUAGUUUGCUCCUCCGCUGCUUGAAUCGCUCAGCAAAGGCUUCCAACUCGCGCGGGUCAGUCUCUGAGUCGCAGACACACAAGACUCCCUUUACGUACAGUCCUGGAACGGAUCUUGCGGAGCAAACUGAAGUAGAAUAGCACCACCGUGCCACUCGGCCCUCACCAUCACCAACAUCAUGUGCUUUCGCCCGGGGACCUCCUGGAACAUGUCACCUCCCUGUCCCUAGCAUGGUCGCCACUCAUCACUGCAAUGGGGGGCAGGUGGCUUCGGCAGGCUAGGUGUCUGCGACUCAGAGACUGACCCGCGCGAGUUGGAAGCCUUUGCUGAGCGAUUCAAGCAGCGGAGGAGCAAACUAGGGGUGACAGUCCAGGGUGCUGAAGGGCAGAGGUCAUGUUCAUGGCUGCCUGGUGGGAAAGGUGGCUCAGUCCGUGCAUGUGGCUGUGCGGCUCUGCCGAGGUAGAGAUCAAGCCUCCGCCACCAACUCCUGCCCCUCCACCUCCUUCGCCGCCGCGGACUCCUUCAUGUCCGGUACUGGCCAUCAAUGCUAGGGACGGGGAGGUGACGUGUUCCAGGAGGUCCCCGGGCUCCAGCACCUGAUGGUGCUGGUGAUGUCCGAGUGGCACGGUGGUGUUGGAGGAGCAU